AAUAAGAGCAGUACAGUGUUGGGCAAAGGUAGGAAGCUGAUGAUUAAUGUCACGGUCAGCAAGGUUCUCACUCUUGACAAGAGUACAUAGGAAAAUCAUGAAUUUCUAAGCGACAACGCAGGUAUUGCUUGUGAAGAACUUUAAUCGUAAUAGACGUCAAGAUGGUGGACCCAAUUUUUGACUAUCAGUUUCGUCUGAUACUCAUUGGUGACAGUACAGUCGGAAAAAGUUCUUUAUUGAAAUAUUUCACCGAUGGGAAGUUCGCAGAGCUUUCAGACCCAACAGUCGGAGUGGACUUCUUUGCUCGAUUAAUUACAGUUAAAGAUGGAACAAGAAUAAAAUUGCAAUUAUGGGAUACAGCUGGCCAAGAAAGAUUCAGGUCGAUUACAAAGUCUUAUUAUAGAAAUUCUGUUGGAGCUCUGCUUGUAUAUGAUGUUUGCAACAGAGCCAGUUUUGAGCAUAUCCCACAAUGGAUGAUGGAGGCUCGUAGGCAUAUUGAACCUCAUCGCCCUGUAUUUGCAUUAGUAGGUUGUAAAUUAGAUUUAGUUACUAAUGGUGGUAGGCGAGAAGUAUCAAAAGAAGAAGCAAGAGCCUUUGCUGAUCAACAUGGAGUACAUCACAUUGAAACUAGUGCAAAGACAGGAGUUAAUGUUGAAGAGGCAUUUCGAACAGUUACACAGGAAGUUUACAACAGAAUUCAAACUGGUGAAUAUAAAGUAGAAGAUGGUUGGGAUGGUAUAAAAACUGGAUUUGCUAGACCAGGUGGUUUAGAUUUUAAUCUAGUCGAAGCAGAACCUGCAAAAACUUCUUGUUGUUAAGUAAAUAUUUCACUUUCUGAAAAGAUCAGCAGUUUUUUAGAAUGCAGUGGUUACAUUUCACAAUUUAAAUUUAUCUUAGUUUAUGUACAUGAUUAAAUUGUACAUAUAUGAGUCAAAUUUUGUAAUAUUAAUUUUAAUUGAUAGAAAGAAAGAAUUAUUUUCUUUUAUUAAAAGUAACAUUUUACUGCAUUCUUAUUUCACAAGAAACAUUAACAAUAAAUUUAAAACUGUGUAUAAAUCUUAAUUAGACGUUUUUGUACAUAACUUGUAUAAAUAAAUAUGUAUCAUUGAAGCACAUAGAUAUCAAAUUAGGAGCGUUAUCUAUCUCAGCUAAAAAAUACAUAAACAUGACGAACAUUUUUUACAAUAUAAAUUUGACCAUACAUAAUGUUUUUUUUAUGUAAUUUUGUUGUACAUUAACUGUUCCGUUCGAAAUAACGGCUGUGCUUCUUUGUUGAAAUCAUGUCUCAACUGAUAUCAAGAAAAUUUAUUAUAAAUUUUACAAGAAGAUAUGUAUAACUUUUCAUUUUUAAUACAAGAUAUUUAUUUAUAACGAUUAGAAAACAACUCUAAGACAAAUUUUCAAAAUGUAGUUCAUUGCAGAUUACAUGUUGUACAUAUUACACAUAGAAUGAAACGCUUAUAAUAAUUACGAAGAUUUAUUAUUUCUGGAACUUUAGCGGGUAGUACCUUUUUUUAAUGCCACAGUUUGUGAUAAUACCAUAUACACGAGAAGCCAAAUUAAUAUAUGUCUAUACUGGUAUUAUUCGUAUUUCAUUUAAAAAAAAGAAAAAACAGAAUCAUAAAUUAAUUUAUGAAAACAGUAUGAAGCAAACUAUAAUGUAUGUGUUCUGAUUUUAAGGAAUUCACUACUGUGUACAUAAUACAUCACAUGCUUAUGUGAAAAAUUUCUUGUUGAAAAACUUGUUACAAAAUACCAUGUUAGAUGGUGUACUUUAAUUUAUAUAAGUUACUAUGAACCAAUUAAAAACUGUUUUAUGAUAUGUUGUUAUAAGAUAAAAAGAUAUGUCAGUUUAAAUACAAAGUAAAAAAAAAAGGUUUUAUAUAAUCUAAUGUAAUAUUUUUAAUAUUACCAUUUUUUACUAGGUGGCAUAUUUUACACUUUUUCAUAUCUGUGUCUAAAUAAACGGAAUUUUCUGACUUUUAGAGUAUAAGUUAAGAAAGUAAACAUUUGCAUAUUUUUAUGAUACAAGCAAGUUAGUCAAAUUACAGUCAAACAAUAUAACUUGCAUUUUUUUCUGCAAGUAAUUGAAUAGAGAAGUAUUUAUUUACAUAUAUAUUACAUGCAGUGUAUACUUUCAGGCAAAAAUGCAGUAAAAUUUGUAUUUGUAUAGAUAGUGACUAUAUAGCAUAAAUAGAAUCAAUUUGUGAAGUUUUAUACUUAUUAACUAUGGUAUAAAGCAAAAAAUUCGUAGAUAUUUUUAAAAACUGUGAAUUAAUAAUGUAUGACCUAUCACCAAAUUUGUAUAGUUCUAUAUACAAACAUUUACAUUUUAGUCAAUAGAUAAUAAUGAGUUAAUAUGUGCAGUGCUAAUCAUUAAAAUUAAUUUUUAUAUCUGUAAGGAAUAUAAAUUUGUUAUAUUAAUAGUAUCUAAAAUUGUAAUGAGUUCCUUUGUUUCAGAAUAUUUCUUUGUAUAAUAGAAUUGAUUGAAAUUAUGAAUUAUAAAUUUUUAUUUUAUAUUGUUUCAAUGUAUAGGCAUGUAUGUAUUUAAACAUAUUAUAUAUAAUACAUGGAAACAUAUAUGUAUACAUAAUUAAAAAAAUAUGUACUGCUAAGAAUUAUUUUCUGAUAAAAUGUGUAAUUUUGUGUAUAAGUUGAUCAAUUUGGAAUGUGCACUACACAUUUAUAAAUAACCAUGUUGGAAAAUAAACAAUGUAUUACAAAA